AUGGCAACAUCGACAAGCCGAACUGAUCAAUACAAUGAUAAGAAAUCUUAUGUUGUUAAAGACCUUAUCUGGAAAGAUCAUAUAGCGAAGAUUGAUACAGCACAAAAAUUUCAUGAUGAAAAAUGGGGUUUUCUUAAAGAUAUUCAAUCUGCAGCACUAUCGUACGAUCCGAAACGAUCGCCAAGAACUUUACUUGUUGAUUCUUGUUUUUCUUCAACAACUGAAACUAAACAAAUCGAAGAACAACAACCACAACAAACGGUUACAAUUUGUCCAUCGCCAAGGCCAGUACCAAUGACCACAAGUAGUUUAAUUGGUUGGCGAACAGUACAUAAAGAUUGUGCAUUGGAAAAAUAUGGAAAAUACGCACGUGGACAAGAAUCCUUACACAAAAAAUUCAAAUGGCCUGUUGAAGGCUUUGAUUAA